AUGCAUUCUUUUUUUAAAAUAUUUGAAUUGAAGAAAUUUGUCAUCGCACUUUUAAAACUUCACAUAAUUUUAAACGAGAAUAAAUUUUUUUUUUUUUUUUUAAUUAUCUCAACUGCACGUUGGUGUUUCCUUCCAACCACAAGCAGCAUACUGGACGGACAUAAAGGAGAGGGUGGUGUUUCCCGACGCUCCGGAGGACGGGACGAGAGGCCACCCCAGCUCUCAAUCCCUGGUGAUUACCUAUCUUCGAAGAACAGAUGGAUCCCACCUAGCACACUCAAGCGAGAUGUCAAUGCAAGUGACGACAGAAAUGAUCUGGUACUCCGAACAGUCAGAGGAUGGAAUCCACCCAGUUGUAAACAACGAGACGGUCUUUCAACUGAAGAGAAAAAUGAUCUGAUAUUCCGUAAGGCCAGAGGAAUUCUCAAUAAACUGACCCCGGAGAAGUUUGAUAAGUUGAGUUUGGAGCUUCUAAAUGUUGGUAUUGACUCCCAGCUCAUACUUAAGGGAAUAAUACUUCUGAUCUUUGAAAAAGCCUUAGAUGAGCCCAAAUAUAGUUCACUUUAUGCACAACUAUGCCACCGUCUCUGUGAGGACGCUCCAAAUUUUGAACACCCUUCCUCCAAUACAACAACCUUUCGACGCCUACUCUUGAACAAGUGCCGGGAUGAAUUUGAAAACCGUUCCCGUGCCACAGAAGCUUACGAUAAGAAAGAUGUCCCCCUUAACGAUGAUGAAGCUGAACAAUACCAUCUGGCUAAACAGAAAAUGCUGGGCAACAUCAAGUUCAUUGGUGAGCUUGGCAAGUUGGAGAUGCUGCACGAAGGCAUUCUGCACAAAUGCAUUAAGCAGCUUCUGGAAAAGAAGAAGAAUGUUCCCGUUAAGGACAUGGCAGAGGACUUGGAGUGUCUGUGCCAGAUAAUCCGCACUGUAGGCCGACGCCUUGAUACUCCCAAGGCUAAGGCCUGGAUGGAUCAGUACUUUGAGCGAAUCAAGAACUUCGCUGCUAACCCAGACUUGCCCUCAAGAAUUCGCUUCAUGCUGCAGGAUGUGGUGGAACUGCGGGCUAACAAAUGGGUACCAAGGAAGGUGCUUAGUGAUCAUGGACCAAAGACUAUAUCCCAGAUAAGACAAGAAGCAGCUGAUGAAUUUGGAGUGUACAUUGCUCCUCCAGAUACGUCUGGACGAGGAGCUGGUGGAGCUGGAACUGGAAAUAUGUUUGGAUCACGCCUGUUGAAUGGUAACAUGGUACCGGGCCAGAGAGGAGGUUUAGGAGACAUUUUCAGUGCCUCACCAACUGGACUUCCCAACAGCAUUGGUACUGGACCAGGAGUCAUUCAACUGGAUAGUUUUGUUCCUGGCUAUUCCUUGAAUAUGGGCAGACGGGGUAGUCAACCCAACCCAGGAAGCUACCAAAAUCAGUACAGCAACCGCCGUUUGCAACAGGAUGGUAGUGUAGGAGGCCCUGGUGGCAAUGUCAGUAGUGGUGUGGGUGGGAGUGGCAGCAGCCCCAGAUCAUCUCGUCGUGGUAACAGCCAGCAGUCCCUGCAGCAGAAUCAAUCACAAUCCCAACAGAUCUACCAGUUACAACAGAACCACCAGUCAACACAGAUGUCAAAUAUACAGCAAUCAUUGCUUUCACAGCCGUCACAAUUGUCCCAGGCUCAAAGGGUACAAGGGACUGGAGGUAGCAGAGAUUUGCCUCCGCGGUUUGUCCGAAUGACCAUUCAGCCGCCAACAGGACCAGAAAAGACAAAUUCCAACUCUGAAGAGAUCAGUCUUCGACCUUCCAAGAACUUCAAUGUAUUCCGCCCGACAGUGCCAAACAUGCUUCCAAAAUCUGCUCGUGGUGGCCCGCCAUCAAGUGGAAGUCAGCAGACUGUAUUCCAGUCUCCUAUUUUGGACAUUGGAUCGGGCACUGCUCCUCACUUACUUACAAAACAGCCCCAAAUUACAAUUAAGCAAGCUAACCCUGAUAAAGCCAAGACUGUCAAAAAAGCUCCACCCACAAAGAAGGAGCUUGAAAACAGCAUGACUGCCUUGCUGGAUGAUUACUUCAACAGUGGUGAUGUUCCGACUGCAGUCAAUGCAUUCAGGGAUUUGAAUGCUCCUAACAAAUAUGUUGCUGAUGUGAUUUACAAAAUGAUGAUCAAUAACAUCGACAAAACAGAUUCUGACAGGGAAAAGGUCAUGAAUCUCUUGUGUGCUAUGAAACCAGAAAAUUUAUUGACAUCAGAAAAUUUCAUGGAUGCAUACCGUCGCUUGCUUGACAAAUUACCUGAGCUGGAGACGGACAUUCCAUUAGUGAAGUCAUAUGCAGCCAGCUAUGCAGCCCAGGCCAUUGCAGGAAAUGUUAUUUGCCUGGCAGAUUUGGCUGAGGCUCUUGAGCGAGGUGCUCAUUAUCCUCUGUUUCUCAUCUGUCUGCAACAGAUGCACAAACAGAAAGAUAAAGAAUGGCUGGUCAAUAUUUUUAAUGAUAGUAAGAUAAACUUACAGGAUAUGUUGCCUGAAAUUGACCAAAGCAAAGAGAAAAUGAUGGAAAUUUUGGAGGAUCGAGGGCUCAGCUUCCUGUUUCCUCUUCUCCGUAUCCAGUCUGAACUUUGGAAACAGAUCCAGUCUGAUCCAAGUGCCACGGCCAUCUUUAAGUGGAUCAAGGAUAAAGUCCAGAAUGAUCUCCACUAUAGCCCUGGCUUUGUUAACAUUUUGACCACAAGCAUUCUGAAAUAUGUGACUAAAUCAUCAACAUUGUCUGAAAACUGUGACCCUGCUGUCGUACCAGACAAACACUUAUCUGAGAAAGAGAGGGAACUGCUGGAUAAAUUAAAGGUUGUUCUGCAACGUUUCCUCCAUGACCACAUCGGAUUGCAAGUCAGUGCACUCUAUGCAUCACAAGUGUUCUGCUACAAUUGCCACUUUCCUAAAAACAUGCUACGUAGGUUCUUUAUGAACUUUUAUGAUAUGGAGAUUAUUGAAGAAGAAGCUUUCUUAAAAUGGAAGGAAGAUAUUAAUGAUGAAUAUCCUGGCAAAGGAAAAGCUCUCUUUCAGGUAAAUCAAUGGUUGACUUGGCUUGAGCAGGCUGAGGAGGAAUCUGAAGAUGAUGAUGAUGAAGACUGA